AGAGCCGGGCGGGGCGCAGGUAAAGAGCGCAAAGAAGGAGAGGGGAAACUUUUACAAAAAAAAACAAAAAAACAACACGCUGAUCUGUCGCUUCAAACUCCUGAAAUACAUCGAUGAAGGGGUUUUAAAGGACGAAUCAGCAUCGUAAACAAGUCUAAAAUGUGUGAAGGUCUGCCUCAUUGUAAGAUUGCUCUGGCCUUUGCUGUCAUCAUGGAUUUACUGGGAGCAUCUGCUCUGCUGGUCGGGGUCUUUGCACCACUGGAAAUCCGAGGGAAGGACUUUGGAGACCUUUUAGUUUACACUGGCGCCCUGUUUGUCCUGAUGUCACUGGGCGGUUGGGUGCUGUGGUACAGUGGAAACAUCGAGGGCUUGAGGUCGAAGAAGGAGCUGGGUCACAUCGGCAGUGCGGUCGAUCGUUUGGCCCGAAACCUCAGCCGCAAGAUCCGCAUUUACCGGAGCCACCACUGACCGAAACAUGGCAGCACUGAGCAACACGAAGCAUCUAAAGCCCACUGCACGAGGCGCCAUCUGCUGGAGACAGUAUUACAGCAGUUGUCAGAAUUCUCAGACCAAGUACAUUUCAAAUUAAUCUGGCUUUCAAAUGAUAAUUUUAUUAAUAAAAUAUGCCAGGCCAAAAUCUAAUCUUAUCCAUAAAGUCUAAAAUGGGAUUCAUCUUAAACCCAAGAUUAAACUGAAAUUAAAAUAUUGUUUAGCCAUUAAUUUUAAUUUAGCCCUUGUUCAGCCUAAAGUUGCACUCUGUAACCUUUCUGGUGCAGGUUUUGUUACUUAAUAGACUCUAUGGAGAUGUUGAUGUUGUAGCUUUGUCUUUAUAGUUUCACAGUAUGGCAUUAAACUCCUUUAUCUCCACGGAAACAAGCAGAUGACACUAUCAGGCCAACUUAUAAAUUGUAUAUGUUGGCAAGAAUACAUAUUUCUCUUAAGUUAUUUUUGGCAAUAAAAUAUCUACAAUUUAGUAAUCGUUAGAUAUACAACAUGACAUCUCCAUGGAGACAAGAAGUUACAUAGUACACCUUUUUAGGCAACACCUAUACUGGCCAAGAUCAAGACUAUAUUUGUAGUAAUUAUGGCUAAUCUGUAAUUAUCAGCCUGAAAUAGAUCUCAAACAGGGCACACUGACCCCAGAGCCCUGAGUAAGUAGCUGUCUGUAGGGCUAUACUUCAGUUUAUUUUAGGACUUGGUUUAUUUUAAGACUGGUUUGAGGAUAAAACUGAACUGCUCAAGUACCUCUAGAUGUCCACGUGCUACGAGUGAGACCAGAACCACAGAUUGAGAACCACAUGGACCGUUGGACCAGUAGAAUAAAUAUAGAGCCUGUUCCUUCAUCAGUGUCUUUGUAUGAUGUGAGCUUUGUAUGUUUUAAUAUUUGUUACAUUAUACAUUUCAAUUUAAAACUAAACUGUGCCAUCAAUGAAAUAUGAUUAAAAUUACUUUUAAUAAGUUUUCUUUUGAUUGUUUGUUUAAUAGAAAUUAAAAAGACCAUAUGGUGGUACUUAAUGUUAUUUUAAUUUUGAAUUGCACAGAAUUUGUGAGAAAAAGAAAACAGCUCUUACAAUGUGCGUAACAAUUGGACAUAAAUGAUGCAGAACAAACAGGGCAACAGAAAUAAAGCUGAUUGUAAUAACAUGUUUUUCACCAUAAUAUAUUGUAACUUGGUGUAAAAGUAUUCAAUAUUCAGAAUUCAGCACUGAUUGGACCAUGUAACAGAAUAUGUUAUAAAAUACAUUGUAAUUUGAGUAUUCAGUAUUCUGUAACUAAACAGAUUUUCGAAGUAUUCUUCCCAUCACUGUAUAUACAGGCGAAACAUAGACUUUUUCUGAAAAGAUGUGGGAUUGUGUCUAUGUCACAAUCAGUGUAAAACCACAUGGUAAUAUUACAGAAACAACUACUACUGCUACUACUACUAUAUCAUAUUUACAUCACAUUCUAGUGUCAAAAAGACUAUUACCACUAAUACUACUAGCCUCUUAUAUAGAUCUCCUCCUUCAUGUCAUGUAAGUGUUGAUGUUAACUCCACAUCCAAAUACAGUAAACAGGAAGUGACCUCACGGGAGAUUCCCCAAAGGAAACUCCCCCCUCUGAUUUAAUCCCACUCACAUUUUACCUUUUAUUUCCACAGAGUUUAAACAUGACCUCUAACCUCAGGAUUAAUUGCUCUGGAUUAUAGUAACCUGCUCCUGUAGCUUCACAACAUUGCCCUCUCGUGGUAACUUUAGGUAUAGCUUCAUUUGGCCUCUCCC